GACAAUGCUGAGCGUGCUAACUGCUAACCGUACCCGUGUUUAAGAGUGAUCCUACAGUGGAAAAUGGGGAAUUCAGAAAGCCAAUACAGUCUUCAGGGAUCAAAAAAUCAUGCUGCUGUUACUGCUGGUGCCAAGCAGAAGCCUUGCUCUCUGAAAAUUCGCAGCAUUCAUGCUAAAGACGAAAAGUCUUGCUCUAUGCAUGGAUGGGGACAUACUAGUAGCAGCUCAAACUACAAAUCAAGGUCCCUUGCCAGAAGCUGCCUUUCGCACUUCAAGAGUAGUCAGCCUUAUUCAUCUAGACUCGGUGACACUGUGGUGAAGGUCUCUAAAAGCAAUGCCCAUGCCAAACACAGGACAAAUGCCUCAGGGGACUACUGCCAAGGAAAUAAUGCAGUGUUUUUGCCCGAGAACGGUUUCCACUAUAUUGGCCUUCAAGCUGGAAGUAAUCAUGCUGCCUCUCAAGAAUGCAAUGGACACAUUUUAAAUUGCUAUGGAAAGAAUGAGAGUCUUGCAUCAACCUCCCCAUCAGACGACAGGAGAAGUCCAAAAGUUCUCAUUAAAACACUAGGGAAGCUGGACGGUUGCUUGAGGGUCGAGUUCCACAACAGCAGCAACAGCAAGCUACCAACCGAGGAGUCCAGUGGACCGGUCCAGUUGCUGAGGUAUUCGCCUGCCUUGGAAUCUAAGCCGAAUAACCUACUUGAUGUCAGGAGGAACUCCAGCGCAGACUGUUCUUCAAGCCAUCGUCUGUCACCUACUGAUUCAAGGCUUCGAUCUAGUAAAGGAAGCUCCCUCAGCUCUGAGUCUUCAUGGUAUGACUCUCUCUGGGGAAAUGCUGGGGAUAUCAAUGAGUUGGAUGGUCCAUAUUUGACCAGGAGCACUCCAGAUACAAGCAUUCAUGCCAGUUUCCCAGCAAGUGACAACAAGAAGUCCUUCAACCAAAGUUCAUCUCUUUCCUCACUCCGAGAUCUCUAUAAGGAUACAAAUUUGGAAAGCACCCCUCCACCUAGGAUCAGGCUGUCUGAUGAGUAUAUUGACACUCAUGGUAGCCUAAGCAACCGUGUCUCAUUUGCCUCAGACAUUGAUGUUCCCUCCAGGGUAGAGCAGGGAAGUCCUGCACAUUACUCCUCCUACACACUCCCAUGCAGAAAGUCCAAGCCCCUCAGUGAGGAUGCAUCCAAGAAGGAUACAUUAAAAAACCGAAUGCGACGCAUCAGUGACUGGACGGGAAGUCUCUCAAGGAAGAAAAGGAAGCUGCAGGAGCCAAAGUGUAAAGAUGGGAGCGAAUACUUUGACAGCAGAAUGGACAACUUCACCACGGACACGCUGGCACCGUCACAGCUCUCCGCUCUGCUGUGGUCACCCGGCUCCAGCCACGUCCUGUCCCAGAGAAGCGAGUCCACCAACGCAGUCAGCAGUGAUGCUCUGAGGCAGAACAUUUACGAAAACUUCAUGCGGGAGCUGGAGAUGAGCAAGACGAACCUGGAGAACACUGAGACCUCAUCGGAAACGGAGGACUCCAGUGGCGAGUCCCUCAGCUCCUUGGAGCAGCUGGAUUUGUUGUAUGAGAAAGAGCAAGGAGUGGUACGCAAGGCAGGGUGGCUGUUCUUCAAACCCCUGGUGACCCUGCAGAAGGAGAAGAAGCUGGAGCUGGUCACACGGCGGAAGUGGAAGCAGUACUGGGUCACACUCAAAGGUUGCACUCUGCUGUUUUACGAGACCUAUGGAAAGAACUCGAUGGAGCAGAGCAGUUUGCCUCGAUAUGCCCUGUUUGCAGAAGACAGUAUAGUUCAGUCUGUUCCAGAACAUCCCAAGAAAGAAAAUGUGUUCUGUCUCAGCAAUUCUUUUGGAGAUGUCUAUCUAUUUCAGGCGACAAGCCAGACGGAUCUGGAAAACUGGGUUACUGCCAUACAUUCAGCCUGUGCUUCCCUCUUUGCGAAGAAGCUUGGGAAAGAGGACACUGUUAGGCUGCUGAAAAAUCAAACCAAGAGUCUCUUCCAGAAGAUUGACAUGGAUAGCAAGAUGAAAAAGAUGGCAGAGUUGCAGCUCUCAAUUGUUAGUGAUCCAAAAAACAGGAAGGCCAUAGAGAAUCAGAUCCAGCAAUGGGAACAGAACCUGGAAAAAUUUAACAUGGACCUUUUCCGAAUGCGAUGUUACCUAGCCAGUUUGCAAGGUGGGGAGCUCCCAAACCCAAAGAGCCUUUUGGCUGCUGCCAGUCGUCCUUCAAAAUUGGCGCUGGGGCGGCUCGGCAUUUUCUCUGUCUCAUCCUUCCAUGCACUGAUCUGCUCCAGGGAUGAAGCUGCUCUCAGGAAACGUACCCUAUCUCUGUCACAAAGAGUCCGAAAUAAGAAGGGUUUAUUUUCUUCACUAAAAGGACUGGACACAUUGGCAAGAAAAGGAAAAGAAAAGCGACCUUCCAUAACUCAGAUUUUUGAUUCAGCGGGAGGAAAUGGAUUUGCUGGUGUCCAGAAUUCAGCCAACUCUGCUGAGCAGCAAGUUGAUGACUUUUUGAAUGUCUACUGCUCAGUGCCAGAGAGCAUCCAGAAGGAAGGUGCAUGGGAAACACAAACAUAUGUUCACUUCUGUGACGGCCAAGGAGUGGCACUGAGUCUCAAGCCAGAGCACAGGGUGGAAGAUGUUUUGUCUUUGGCAUGCAAGAUGAAACAGCUGGAGCCAAGACACUACGGCCUACAACUCAGAAGACUGGUUGAUGAAAAUACUGAGUAUUGUGCUCCCGAACCAUAUGAAUACAUAGUAGACCAGGAAAGUGUGUAUGAUGAAAUAGAAAUUUGUCCAUUAAAUGUUUAUCACGUUCAUCUUACAAAGACUGAAAACAUAAGUGAUUUUGGCUUUGCUGUCACAGCACAAGUUGAUGAAAAUCAGCAUCUCACCCGUAUCUUUGUAAGUGAUGUUCUCCCUGAUGGACUGGCAUACAAGGAAGGGCUCCGAGUGGGCAAUGAAAUCCUGAGCAUAAAUGGAGAGGCUGUGUCUGACCUUAACCUCAGGCAGAUGGAGUUACUGUUUUCAGAGAGAAGCGUAAUGCUUACUCUGAGAAUGAACCAUUACGGGACCCAGCAACCCUUAUGUGCGUCCUGGUCAGAUGGUGACAUUUCCAGGGACCCAAAGAGUUUGUUGCCCCCUCCAAACCAGUCACAGCUCCUGGAAGAGUUUCUAGAUAACUUCAAAAAGAACACAGCAAAUGAUUUUAGUAAUGUGCCUGAUGUCACAUCCAGCUUGAAAAGGAGCAGUACUGAUGGCAGUCUGGACCAAGUGCCAUACAGGGAGAAGACUGAUCCACCUUUCAGGAGCGCAGAACAGAUCAGUGCAUUGUGCCGAAAUUUCCAAGAAGUCCAGGCAAGCGGUAUGGAAGGUAACCAGGAUCCACCUCCACGGCCACUAGCUCGCCACCUUUCUGAUGCAGAUAGAUUGAGGAAAGUCAUCCAAGAACUUAUGGACACUGAGAAAUCUUACGUCAAGGACUUGAGCUGCCUCUUUGAGCUAUACUUGGAGCCCCUUCAAAAUGAAACCUUCCUUACCCAGGAUGAGAUGGAGUCCUUGUUCGGCAGUCUGCCAGAAAUGCUGGAUUUCCAGAAGGUGUUUUUGGAGACCCUUGAAGAUGGAAUAUCUUCUUCCUCAGAUUUUAAUACACUGGAAACGCCAUCCCAGUUCCGGAAAUUGCUGUUUUCCCUUGGAGGCUCCUUUCUGUAUUAUGCUGACCACUUUAAACUGUACAGUGGCUUCUGUGCAAACCACAUCAAAGUUCAGAAAGUUCUUGAGAGAGCCAAAACAGAUAGUGCCUUUAAGGCCUUUCUGGAUGCUCGAAAUCCCACCAAGCAACACUCUUCUACACUGGAGUCGUAUCUCAUAAAGCCUGUUCAGAGAGUGCUGAAAUAUCCUCUGCUUUUAAAAGAGCUGGUGUCUCUGACAGACAACGAGAGUGAGGAGCACUAUCAUUUGACAGAAGCGCUGAAGGCAAUGGAAAAAGUAGCAAGUCACAUCAAUGAGAUGCAGAAGAUAUAUGAAGAUUAUGGCACUGUAUUUGACCAACUGGUUGCAGAUCAAAGUGGAAUAGAGAAGGAGGUGACAGAGCUUUCAAUGGGAGAACUUCUGAUGUACUCUACAGUUUCCUGGCUGAAUCCUUUCCCAUCACUGGGCAAAGCAAGAAAAGACCUUGAACUUACAGUGUUUGUUUUUAAGAGGGCUGUAAUACUGGUGUACAAGGAGAACUACAAACUGAAAAAGAAAAUGCCUACUAAUGUUCGUGCUGCACAUAAUUAUGGUGACUUGGAUCCAUUUAAAUUUCGUUGGCUGAUUCCUUUAUCUGCUCUUCAAGUUCGACUGGGGAACACAGCAGGAACAGAGAACAGCUGUAUCUGGGAACUGAUUCACACAAAGUCAGAAUUGGAAGGCAGGCCAGAAACAAUUUUUCAGUUGUGCAGCAGUGACUGUGAGAACAAGACUAACAUCGUGAAGGUGAUCCGUUCUAUUUUGCGGGAGAAUUUCAGACGUCACAUAAAAUGUGAGCUACCGCUGGAGAAAACAUGUAAAGAUCGCCUUGUCCCACUCAAGAACCGUGUACCUGCAACAGCCAAACUGGCUUCCACGAGGUCCUUGAAGGUACUGAAGAAUUCAUCCAGUAGUGAGUGGAAUGGUGACCCAGGGAAAGGCACCUUCCAGGACUCUGAUGAGUGCAGCCUGAGCAGCAGUACUCAGAGCAGCAGCUGCCACACUGCUGAGAGCAUACAGGAGCCCAAAAAUUCAUCUCCCGAUAAACACGUACAGAGUUGUGCAUCUGAAUUUUCUAAUGUUCUUGUCAAAGAGUCUGAUAUUCUCAGUGAUGAUGACGAUGACGAUGACUAUCAGAGCCUAAAGAAGGGCAGCCCUACGAAAGACAUUGAAAUACAGUUCCAACGGCUGAAGAUUUCAGAGGAACCGAGUACUGACUCUGAACGGGAUCAGGCUGCUGAAAAUGACGAAGGGGAUGGCUUCAAGACAAGAGAGCAUCCAAAGCUGGUGCGUGGCCAUUUCUGCCCAGUGAAGAGAAAAGUAAACAGCACAAAGCGUAACAGGGGAACUUUAAUGGCAAUGCAAGAACAUCACCAGUCCCUUGACAGUCACUCUGAUGCUGCAAACCUGGAUCUGAACUCGAUUUUAGAGAGAGAAUUUAGUGUCCAGAGUUUAACAUCUGUAGUUAAUGAGGACUGUUUUUAUGAAGCUGUGGAGAGGCAUGGAAAAUCCUAGCUUU